CCUUAAUCCGGAUGAUCCACGAAGACGUGGCCAAGAAUUUUAGCAAGGAGAACCUGUUUUGGAAUACAAAACCACAGUAUCUACAAAUGUUCGAUCCGGACAACGAAAUAUUGUUUGGACAACGAGGGAAGAGCUCAGCGACCUCUUCGAAGGAGGAUAAAACCAGCACGGGAGUUCACAAAGAAGGAAGCGCAGUGGAGCCCAAGAGAAAGAAUUCGAUGGCCGUGACGGUCCGAGAAGACAAAACCACGACCGCAACGUUUAUGGAAGAUGACACAGCAAGCGAGCUUUGCAGUCCAGAAAGCUCUUUCCUUAGAAGGAAGCAUCAACUGUGCCAGGAGAUGAGAGAACUGUUUUUCGACGUGGCCCAAGAAAACGCCUUCCGGCUGCACGAUCAACUCGACAUCCUAGAGAGGCGGCGAGAGGAGAAGAACAUACAGAAAUUCCUGUGCCUGAACUAUCUGACCCGCUUCCGGAAAGAUCUCGAGCGCAUGAAACAGUCCGUGGUGGGCAAAGAGCCCGAGCAGGAUGCAGAGUCGGAAAACUGGUUUUCCACUUUGCUGGAAAGGAUUCCCGAUGAUAUCAGGAGAGACCACCGUACCCAGAAAGUCCUCAAAAAGCUGGAAAGGUUCGCCAGGAAUCCAGAUUUACGCAUCCGGCCUCCCACUUUUUUGAAGGUCUUGGGAGAACUUCGGAUCUGGGAAAUCUGCUCUCCGGACAUCUGUGCAGCUGUGGAGUUCCUGCGCGAAUAUAUUGUGGAUAUGCCCGAAGACGACUACAAGCAGUGGUUGCAAGCUCGGGUGCCGUUCCCUAAACGCGUGCACAGCGCCCCUCCACUGUGAUCCUGAUGCUCAAACAGGAGAUCCCCUACAUGGAAGAAAGGAUCGCCGGGGGAUCCCCGAGAGAUCGCAUUCUGGUGGAUGCCGAAGGAUCCAGCUGGAAGACUUAGAAAAUGCUCAUUCCCAGAAGUUUGCGUUGAACCCUUUCUGGUUGCGGAUUCAAACGCAGAGAGAAAUUGAUCAGCCAAAACCGUCUUCAUUUUAGAAUAUUGUUGUUCUGCUUUUUAAAUGUUUUUGUGGUUGCAUUGAAUUUAAUGUUUAUGUUAAGGGGAGAGGGGGUUGGUUACAUAGAGAGUUGGCCCAGUCUCUAGGACAGCAGAUCCCUUCCCUUAUGGUGAUCAGCUUCGUCCACUGAACAAGCAGGCCUUAGGGAUCAUCAGAUCCGCCUCUUACUUGUUAUGGUUGCUUCUGCAUUUAACUUGGAUUAAAAAAUUCCUAUUUAAGCAUU